AUGCCACAAAAUAAAAUGAAGACCCCUGCUUCUAGGCGUUCAGCCAAACGUAGGAAAACGACACAAUUUAACACCACUACUGACACGACUUCCAACAGUUUCAACGAGACGAGCCACUCCGUUCAUCCGGAAGCAGACAAGCGUUUACCAGUUGUCUCCAUUCCAGACAUGUUGAAAACUCUGAUGGUAAACAGUGAUGAUAAUCGCAACUGCAACCAUAUGGAUGCUAUAAAAAAGUUGCAAGUAGACAUGAACAUUCUCAAUCCGCUUAAAUAUCUCAUCAACCCCAACCUCACAGAGAUUCCAGAUCAAAUGAAUGACAUAAAUAUUUUCCUAGAUCGUGUUGCAUCAGAGGUAUUUGAAAGAAUAAGACGAUCUAGUAAUGCAAUUGUGUUUAAUAUACCGGAUACACAUGCCCUUAAAAAGAUCAAAUCUAGUCUGCUUAGAGCCAGCAAUAUGACACACGUACCAUGUGUAUGCACAAGAUUAAAACGAAGUCAUCCUGGUAUGCACUCACCGAUCUUGUUCAAAUUCAACUCAUCUGUAGACGCCAGUGAAUUUUUAAAUUCCUCCAAUUCAUUGAGACAAAAACAGAUUUUCAAGGAUAUUAAGACUCUUCCGGAUAAAACACCAUGCCAGCGAAAAGCAGGAAGAGAUAACUACAGACCACCAGCGUCAAACUCUCAAACGCAUCAUAAUCCUAAUGAUCGUAAAGUUAAGUCCGAUUCUAAGAGGACGUCUAGCUUAACAAUUUUGCCGCCACCGAAAAACUCUUCUGAAUCUCCUAAAGUUCAAAACCGAGAAAAAAGUAAUCCCGAUGUAGGUGGUGUCCAUCCUCUUAAGAAUGUUGAUUUAGAUUCAACCCGAAGUAGUUGUGCUGAUGAAGAAUGGGAUAACACAGUCCAAACCCCUGUUAGUGCAACACCCAGUUACAGUAACUGUGCAACGGAUAACAGGAAAACUAAUCAUAACAUUCAUAUAACUGACCACGAACUUAACGUUGAUAUAUUCGAACCUCCCAAACCAUCGCAAGUAUGUUUAACAGUGCAUAAUCCUCUCCAACAUAUGAAGAAGCCGAAAUCAAUCACAAACCUUGGAAAUAAACGUCUUAAACACGUUACCCAUACGUCAGGUAUAAAUAGUUAUCUGAAUUGUAAUUGGCCACUUGGUCAAAACCAUAGACCUGAUAGUCUGCUCGGUCCGGCUCCCAAUAUGUACACUAUGCCCUUAUCAGAUGUUAUAUCCAAUAGCAGUGAGAAAACUUUUUUUGUAAUUCCGCCGGCUUUCCUGCCGGCAACGGUAAACAUAUUUCACAUGAUGACAAAGUGGUUGAAUCUAUUUCCCCUCGCAACACAACUCUUACCUUACCUAAUCCUAUGA